AUGUCAAAAUAUUAUGCCUUUGAGGAACAAACUCAAACUGCUUUUUCUGCCGAAGUUUCACCAUUGAUAUUAGCACCGUUAGAUGAUAUAAAAUGUAUGGAAACAAUACUUCUACCAUCCGGUAAUUUAAUUACAGAUGCGACAGUUGUUUCCAAUUGGUUAAAAACGCAGAGAAUUACAAUAAUUGAUAAUUGCAACGAAAUCAAAUCCUCAAUCAAUAAAUUCGAAUCAGAGAGGAUAGCUGAGUAUAAUAACGCAAAGGGUUACCUACAAGAUAAUAUAUUCAAUAACAAACAAGAAAAUGAAAAUAGGUUGGUACCUACAUCAAUUAUUGCAUUGAGUGCUUUCUUUACGGGUAGAAUAAUGUGUCAUAAAAACUUUGGUUGGUUGGCAACAGGUGGUCCAACUUCUAUAUCAUCCAGUCUGAUUAAAAGUCUUCCGAGUAGGAUAAUCACACCUUGGGUCUUUCUAUGUACAACCUUUGCAAUUGGUUCUCCAAAAACGUGGAAUAAUUUUACUAAAAUUAUUAAUGAUCAUUAUAUUUCUAAAGAUGUCUCAGAGGUAAUUCAUACUACACGAGAUAAUGUGUACAACGUACUUAUUAAUGCUCCAACCCAAAGCAUAAACCACUUCUCUGAAAUUACUUUACCAGAAACAGUAAAGCAGAUAAGAAAAAAGUGUUUAGAUUUACUUCAGAUUACUUAA